CAAUUCUCUGCCACAUAAGUGACGUUCGCAGGCAGAUAAACGCGACCCUCCUCCGCCUUUCUCUCCCGUCCUUCUCUUUAGCUUUGAUCGACCUUCCGGUAUCGGUCUCCAAGGCGAACAGUGAGGCAUGCCCUUCUCCGAUUGCGGGUCCGACGCCCGAAGAGCGGAUCGUAGAUGAUGGCCUCCGCCGGCGGCGAGUCGAGUGGUGGCCAUGAUCGGUGGGAGGCGUCUGAGCGCGGUUCUCUCUCACGAGGGAUCAUCUUCUUCGGAUUGAUAGGCGCCAUUGCCUCCACUGUUGCGGCUGCUCGUUUGCGUAGGACUGUUGAUUGGGUCUACAAUCAGCUGAGAUUGCGAUCUAAUUCUUCGUGGUGGGAUGAGAAUACCAAUUUUUUUCGAGGAAAUUACAGUGAGCAAGCUCAGAAACGAUAUAACACCAGAAUGCAAGAGGAGUAUGAGGAAGAAAUGGAGAGACUGGAGCGUAUAAGACGUAUGCAAAGUGUGUUUAACAGAGAGAGAAGUAAAAUCAAGAAGACUUAUGAGAGCUGGCAGAAUCAAGGAGGACCUGGUGCUUAUCAGCAUUCCCCAAGGAAUGAUUGGUAUUGGGAGGAAGAUAUUUCUUUCAAAGAGAGUAAACCUAAUUUUAGAGCAGCACCUAGGGGCCCUAGACCAAGCGGACAUUAUAUUUGGUCACACCAUUAUGCAGUUUUAGGCCUCGACAGGUCAAGAGCAAACCCAUAUUCAGACCUUGAAAUUAAGACUGCUUUUAGAGCAAAAGCAAUGGAAUGCCAUCCAGAUCAGAACCAAGAGAACAAAGAGGCUGCUGAGGAAAAAUUUAAAGAAGUUCUCAAGUCUUACGAAGCAAUAAAGUCAGAGAGAAGGAAUGAAAGGUAUUGACAAAAAAAUUUAGAAAUUUGCAAUCCUCAAAUCUAAAAAUUUGCAGAAUAGAAAACAUAGGUGCUUGGUGUUAUACUUGAAGGUCUCUAGUUCUUAUGUGUUCGCUGAUAAGAGUUGACAUUCACUGAUUUUUUUUCUUGUAUUAACCAGCGUGAUGUAUGAGUAAUUAAUAUGAUAUAUGAUUGAUUAUUAGUUUUCUUCUCUGAUGAAGCCCAUUGUUGUA